UAACUGCUGUUCCGUUUAACUUCUUAUAAAUAGUUUACUUUACAAAUUAAAACUAGUUGAGGAAAAAUGCCUUUUAGGCAUCCGUUUUAAUGUGUUGUUAUAGCAACGAAUCCACCUCCUGUGUGUUGUAAACACUGAAGCAAACAUACAGCUGCUGAGAGUUUAUCCACCUGUCACAUAUCUUUAGGCAUCUGUACAUUACACAUCUAUCAUCGCAUCCAUGGCCCAUUACAGAGCCUCAGAAUCGAAGCGAGAACAAUUUAGAAGAUAUCUUGAAAAGUCUGGAGUCCUUGACACUAUAACAAGCGUUUUAGUGGCACUUUAUGAAGAGACUGACAAACCUAGCAAUGCACUGGAUUUCAUAAAGCUUCACCUCGGUGCGGCCGGACCAGAGCCAGCGGACGUUGAGACUCUUCGAAUGGAGCUGGCUGACCUACAACAGAAAUGCAACCUUCUCAUGGGGGAGAAAAAAGAGCUGAGAAACAGGCUGAUGCAGUACGAACCAUUGCCUGAGGAGGGAGCAGCAGAGUAGAAAGGAGGGGCUUAGUCAUUGCUGUCUGGGGUAAAAAAAGAAAGAAAAAGAAACGUUAAGCAUAAUUUGAAGAAUGUGUAAAUGUUUAUUAAAUAAUAAACUGAUUUUUUGUUGUUGUUAUAUAACAAACAACUUUUGCUUUGUCAUAAAUAAAAAUGUUUUUUUCAGCA